AUGGCGCCGCCAAACACCACCCCGAAGCAAGCGUCUUCGCGGCUUCUGACCAUGAAGUUCAUGCAACGCGCCGCUGCCUCACAAUCUUCUCCCAAAGAAUCCCCUUCCACGCCAAACGGCCCGCCCGCCAAGCGCCAGCGCACCUCCGCAGCGUCUUCCCCCGCAACGCCCUCGGACCUCGAAGCCGUCAACGCCGCGAUCGCCGCCGAAGAGCUCAAGCGCACCAAAGCCAUUGACCGCGCCGCCGCGGAGGCGGGCGAAACCCGCUGGGUCUUGUCCUUCCGCGAGCCUGAGAAAGAGGCGCGCCAGAUGAACCCUUUGCGCGUCAUGAGCGCCGGCUACGCAGCCUUGGACAACGGCGACGACAGCGACGAGGAUGAUGACGCGCCGCAGGUGGGCCGCAUGUCGUUCGGCAAGAAGCCGGCGCCGGCGAAGAAAGACGACGACAGCGAGAGUGAUGAGGAAAGCAGCAGUGAGAGCGACGAGGACGAGGACCCGGCUGCGAAGAUGAUUCGUGAGGCGCGCAAGCAGGCGGCGAGGGAGAAGAGGAUGGAGAAGAAGAGGGCCCAGAUGGAGAAGGCCGCCCAGUUGGCACAGGAGCGGAGGAACAAGUCUCCUCACGUCAAACUGAACAAACUGACCAGCAUCUCCAAUUCUGGCAGUGGGGGCUCGCAGAAUUCAAAUAUGGAGUGCUUUGCUUGCGGCAAGAAAGGCCACGCAAGGGCGGACUGUCCGAAUCGGAAGAAAAGGAGGAACUGA